CACGGUCGGCACCGAGCGCCCGCCGCCAUCUUGGCAGAUAGAAGCAGCCUGCUGUCGCCGUCAGUCAGGUCAGCCGCCGACGUUACACCGUCCAGCUGAGCCGUCGAAGCUUGAGCGCGAGCUGUCUGGCUCCGCUGCUGGUGAACGCGCGGAGAAAAUCGCGGCGGCUUAUUGUUCGCGUCGCGCGAACCUAACCGAGGAGAACCGGCUAAAAAGGAGAGGAGCGGGGGAGGCGGCGAACGCGAGAGGAAGAGAAGGAGAACGAGAGAAAGAGAGAGAGAGUGAGAAAGAGAGGAGAGGAGGACCGGAAAAGCAAGCACGACGAGCCGAAGUAUAAUAUCGGGGUGAGCGAGACGUGUUUGUGCGGGCGCCUCGCGCGGUUAGCGCCUGGUUAGGUCUCGUUUACGCCGAGUGUCAACGUCGUGUGCGAAGUGAAGUUAGCAGCGGUUGCAAAGUGCCGCGUCGAAACAGCGAGAGGCCGAGUUCACCCCGUCGUCUCGGGAUUCCUUCUUCGUCCGCGCGCGCAUUUUCUUCUUUCUCUCUUUCUGUGUGUUUCUGGCUCUCUGUGUACGAGGCGAAGGUGAAGGCGCGACCCGAUCGCGUCCGGAUAAGUUGCUGAAUUUUCGCGAACAGCUAUCGCCGACGUCGUUGCUCUGAUAUAUUCACUGUGUGUGACAGCGGGACAGUAUGGCGGGACAGACGAUCAACGACAGGCUGUUGGCUGCGAGGCACAGUAUCGCCGGCCAGGGCCUCGCCAAGUCUGUUUGCAAGGCCACCACUGAGGAGAUGAUCGGACCUAAGAAGAAGCAUCUUGACUAUUUAAUCCAUUGCACCAAUGAGCCGAACGUCUCCAUUCCGCAGCUGGCGAACCUCUUGAUAGAACGCUCGCAGAACACAAACUGGACGGUGGUCUUCAAAGCUCUGAUCACCGUGCAUCACAUGAUGUGCUACGGGAACGAGAGGUUCACACAGUAUCUCGCAUCCAGCAAUAGCACAUUUCAGCUUAGCAAUUUCCUCGACAAGAGUGGCGUACAAGCAGGAAUACGCGUGGGAUAUGACAUGUCGCCGUUCAUCAGGCGAUACGCCAAGUAUCUCAACGAGAAGGCCCUCUCCUACAGGACGGUGGCGUUCGACUUCUGCAAAGUGAAACGGGGGAAAGAGGACGGCACUCUACGCACAAUGAACGCCGAGAAACUCCUGAAAACUUUGCCAGUACUGCAGUCCCAACUCGACGCGUUGCUGGAAUUCGAUUGCACGGCUAACGACCUCACGAAUGGCGUCAUAAAUAUGGCCUUCAUGCUCCUCUUUCGAGAUCUUAUCCGGUUAUUCGCUUGCUAUAAUGACGGCAUCAUUAAUCUGUUAGAGAAAUAUUUCGACAUGAACAAGAAACAAUGCCGGGACGCUUUAGACCUCUACAAAAAGUUCCUCAUACGUAUGGAUAGGGUCGGAGAAUUUCUGAAAGUCGCGGAAAACGUCGGCAUCGAUAAAGGAGACAUACCUGAUCUGACGAAGGCACCAAGUAGUUUAUUGGACGCCUUGGAGCAACAUCUCGCUUCCUUGGAAGGAAAGAAGGGCUCAGCCGCAAAUACGCCGACGCAAUCAGCAAGCAGCAAUAGAACCAAUGUAAAGUCGGGAGUGUCCGCCCUGUCUUCCACCAGUACCGCGUUCGGAACAGCAGCCAGCAAUGCAAGGCUCGACCAAACUGGGAAUGGCCACAUCGAUGAGGCGCUGCGACAGCAAGCUCUUGCGGAAGAGGAAGCCGCCAUGAAUCAAUACAAGGCAAAAGUACAAUCGCCAUCGGGUACUAGCACAAAUCCCUUCCUCAGUUCACCGACCAAUAAUGCCAACCAGCCGAUCGUGGAUUUGUUUGGUGCAGCAGCGUCUGAAAAUCAGCAACUUUCGCAAAAGGCGUCGGAUGAUCUCUUGCAACUGGCGGGUAAUCCGUUCGCCAACAUGUUCGGGACACCACAACCAGGUGCACCAGCUGGGCAAUCAGCCGGUCAGAACAACAUGUGGAUGACCAACGGUACUGGUUUCGCGCCAGCUGCGCCACCAGCAAAUAAUAACUUUGUUACAGAUAACAGUUUCUCCUCCGUAUUCGGAAAUCAGGAUCAACAAUCCACUGGCGUCCCAGGAACGGCCGCGUCCGUACCUAAUCCCUUCAUGUCCGAUUUCCCGUCCCUCGGUACCGCCGGCGGUCAACAGGCGACGAACGCGGGCGCCUUCGGGCUCUUCGAUCAAAACGCCGGCGGUGGUGUUGUUGGCGGCGGUGCGAUGAACGAAUCAGCGGCGCAAGCAGCAGCAGGAGCGACAACAACGGCGUCAGGCGGAGACCUCUUCAGUGCCGGUCAAGCGGAUCUCUUCGCGGGGGGCGAUGGGUCCGCCGCGAUGCUGAAGACCGCAACAAACGGCGACGGGGACGCUGCGGCGGCCGAGGUGGUGGCGUCGACGGCAUCCUCCGCCGUCGGCAAGACAUCCUCCACUGCCACGCCGCCACCUAGACCACCGCCACCCGCGCCCGUUGCUGCCGCAAACGUUGGUGCCGCACCGCGUGCACUAUCCCCAACCGGAGUGUCACAUGGUAGACCAGCGGCGGCGACGGCGACGGCCCCAGGCCCCCCCGCUAACAAGAGCGCCUUCGACGAUCUCAACGACAGCAUCCGCAUGGCACUGGGCGGGUCUCCGUCGCGUCCGGCGCCGAUGGUCCAGCAACAAGCCGCGAUCACCGCCCAGCAGCAGCCGCUGCAACAACAACAAAUGCCGCCGGCGGGUGCCGCGAUGUUCAGCGGCAUGAACGACGCUGCCGGCCAACAGUCCAUGAUGACCGGCGCGCCGAUGGUCGGCUACGGUAUUCCUCCCCAAGCCCAAGUCCCCGUGGGGUACGGCUCGCCGGCAAAGCAGCCGAUGUCAGCUGCGGGGCAACCGGUUAGUGCAGCUGCCACUGGCAAGGUUUUGACCGGAGACUUGGACAGCAGUCUCGCUAGUCUUGCGCAAAAUUUGACCAUUAAUAAGAGCGCGCAGCAGCAAGUAAAAGGAAUGCAAUGGAACUCACCGAAGAACGCCGCAAAAACGGGUCCAGCUGGUGGAUGGUCACCUCAGCCAAUGGCAGCUACUACUGGUGCUGGCUAUCGGCCCAUGGGUCAAGGAAUGACGCAACUUCUACCUACGACUACCACCACUAUGGGUUUUCCCUCGCCGCCUGCAAUGAUGGGUAUGCAAGGUGUGCCGAUGGGCAUGCAGGGCAUGCAGGGUAUGCAGGGUAUGAGGCCGAUGAUGUGUGCUAUCCCAGGUGCUUCCGCCGCCGGUAGCGGUAUGAUGGUUACGGGAGGAGCUGCGCCGAUGAUGGCCAUGCCCGGCGCAAAUCCCAUGAUGGCAGGUCCUAAUUUGCAGCAGCAAUCCCAACCUCAAGCCGCUGUAGCACCCGCUCAGCCACAAGGCAACGCAGUCCAACUCGAUCCUUUUGGUGCUCUGUGAAGGGAUUAGGAUUUCAAAUGGAAUUAAGAAGACGGAGCGGAGUUUUGUAAAUACCGUGUAAUAUGCCUAGAAAGAGGAAGGAAACAAAGAUGUGUCUCGCUUAUUUCCGUUAGGCAUGGCCCGAUCGCGAUCUUUCAAUCAUUGAUUGUCAUCUCACCGAAUCGUCUUACUGUGAAAUACGAUCGGCAAAUUGUAUCAUAUACUUCCUUGUAAUAUUUGCUCGCCGAGCAAAGCAUAAUGCGGCACGCAUUACUCCAAUAUGAUGCGUAGUUCUCGCGAACAUUGUAAUAAGUGGUGUAAAAAAUACGUCGUUUAAGCGAUUAUCUGUCUCCCAUCUUGAAGAGGCAAAUCGAAGAGCGAUCGAAUCUUUGAAUUCUUUAAAUCCUCGACAAAUGUUUGCGGGAGUCUACGCAUUAGAGAGUAUAUAGAGGCGUUUUUUUGUCCGCCUUGUAAAUCCGUAGCCGGGCAUAAACUGUGUAGCUUAGACGAAUUAGUUGUUCGGACGCGAGUUGCGUUUAGAAUGACACGAACACGUGCGGCGAAUAUCUUCCUGAUGAGGAUGAACUGUGAUAGUAUUGCGCCGUGAUAAGUGAGCGCAAGGCAGUUUUUCUUCGUUGAUACAAGUCGAGCAAGCCUAUUAUUAUCGAAGGAUGCAUUUUCUAAGUUCGAUGAAGAAUUUCCGAUAAUUACAUAGCGAUAUUUAGGUACGAUUAAUUUUUACAUUUGGGAAAGGGAUGGGAGAUUGUUGUGUGUAACUGAUGAUGCGUGAAUUUGAAUUUAAGAGAGCGCAGAUAUAUAAUAAAUCGGUAAAGAGAGAAAGAGAGAGAGAGGUAGAACACUCUCCGGUGGUUCGUCAUGGUUCUAAACGUAAUCGCGUUAGAUUAUAUACACACGUAGCUGACGAUUGCACGUAUACCAAUGUUCGCAUUAAUGUUUAAAACCGGUUAAGCGGAAUGCAGAAAAAAAAUCGAAAUAGAGAUUCGCACACAUCGGGCACAUAUCCUCGUUGUAAUAUAAUAUAAUAUAAUUAUCGCGGAGUAACUCUGCGAUUGUGUAUGGAUAUGUU